AUGGUGGAGUGCCUGAAAGUGGGCAUGAAGCUGCACGCCAUGUACAAGGGCGAUGGUGAGUACUAUCGGGCCAUGGUUGUUAGUUUGGCACCAAAGAGACGGAAGGCUCCUGCGAAGGUCCACUAUGCUGGUUAUGGUGACGAGGCCGACGCUUGGGUUUCCAUCGGCAUGCUCAAGUCCAAGGUUUUGCCGAAGAAGAAAGAGAAGACGGAGAAUCCUGCCAAGGCGGGCUUCGUAGGCGAUCAGGUCGUGGCCGUCAAUUUGAAGAAGAAGGCUGCGCCAGUCAAGGUGAACUUCAUCGGCUAUCACGAGCAGUAUGACGAGUGGUUGGGAGCCGAUCGGCUGCGCUCCAAGGCGAUUGUGCCACUCAAGGACAACAAGGACGGGACACGUACAAUCUCCCUCCAUUGUGAGUUCUGA